UUAUUUAACUUUAAUAGUAGGUUACUAUUUAUUUGUACAUGGAGGAAUUGAUUUACUUUCUUGAGUUUCAUAUUUUAUCUCAUGAACAUAUUCUAAUUAAUUGUUAGCUUUAAAGUUCUCUAUGUGAUAAUUACUUAUUAUUUGUUAUAAUUAUCUGAAUUUAAUAUACUACACAUAUUUUAUUUAUAUAAAUUUGAACAAUUAAAAUAGGAAGUCGCUUUGGUUUGUUUGAGUAAGUUAGAUUUUAAUCUUCAUGUCUUGUUCAUAAAAUAGUAAUAGAAAUAAAUAAAGCAUCUAUUUAAAUUUAUUAAUUUUAUACUAUUAUAAAUUAAAAAUAGAAAUGGCAAUAAAAAAUAAUAACUUGGAGCUAACAGAAUGUUUAAAAAAUUUUAAUUUAGAGAAUGACAGUGUCAUUCUAAAUUAUAGUUCUAAUACAUUAUUAAAUAAUAUAAAACAAGAAUAUGAAAGUAUAUUUUCAUGGGAUAUUUAUGAAAAAACUAGGAAAAGUAGAUACAAAAUAAAUGAUAUUAUAAAUAUACUAGAGCAAAAAAGAGAAUUAAUUAGUAAUGAAAAUAGAUUUAGUACUGACAGAUACUCUAUAGAGUUAGUUAUUUGUUUUGAAACAUUUCUGGAAGGUAAUUUUGUAAAAGCUUUAAAUUACAUUGAGGACACAAUAAAAUAUUUAGAAAAUUUACAAUCAGAUGAAUUUUAUCAACAGAUAUCAUGUGCUUGUUUUCAUAUUGCACAUGCUACUCAAGCAUACAUCAAAAUCUAUAUGGAUCAUGAUAUUAGCAUGAUUCUUUCCAAAAUCAAGCCACUUUUUAAAAUGAAUAAAGUUGAAGUAUCAGCUUUUAAUGGUAUUAAAUGUAAAGUGUUCUUAGAAUAUUCUCCGACAGGCAAUAAAAUAGCAUUAGAAUUAGCUGAAAUAAGUCGUAAUCUUAAUGAUACUGAAGUAAGAUGGAUUGAUAUGUGGUUAAAAGCAAAAGGCAGAGUGAGAAGAUAUGAACAAAAGUUUACUCUUCCAUUUAGGGAAGAAUUAAAAGCUGCUGAAAAAUUAAGUUUUUAUCAAAAAAAUCCUGCAGCUCUAAGCAGAGCAUCUAAAGUUUACAUGGAAGCUGGAUUUGUAUUAAAAAUACAAAAUAAACCACACGAUUCUGAAAAAUAUUACAAUCUUGCAUCUAAUCUAGCAUUAAAAGUAUAUAAUUUAGCCGAAAAUGAUGUCAAAUUACUGUAUAAUUGUUUUGAAAUUUACUUAGACCUUCCUCAGAAAUUUAUGUCUUCGGACAUUAUGAAAACUCUUAUAAAAAAGCUUUCAGAAACACUAAAUAUCAGAAUUUAUGCAGUACUUGGGAAAUAUUUUAUGAAAAAUAAAAACUAUUUAACAGCAAAACAUCAUUUGAAGAAAGCGGUUUCAAAUGGAAAUUUUAGUAGUUGGCUACACUUAUUAAAAGUAGAAUGUUUUCUUAAUUCACAAUUUCCAAUAAUUGAAUUUUUAAACUCAAUGUAUGAAAUGUUUACUGAGCCUAAAAGAAGAUUAAUUAUCAUUUCACAAUUACUUUUAUACUAUGUUUACAAUGAAAAAAAUCCAACAAAGUUAUUACAUUACUUAAAAUUGUAUUUGGAUCAAGAUAUUGAUUAUGUACAAAAGAAACAUCAUAUAAUUGUAGCUUUUCCAUUGUACCAUUUGAAAAGUAGAUUCAAUCCAAAGAAUUUUUUAAAAAUUUUAAGUAAUGAAGUUAAUAGGUUGAAAAAAUAUUCAUAUUGGAAUGAUGAUGAAAAUAAAGUUCUAGAAAAUGUUUUAUCAAGGUUUCAAAGUAUGGUUGACUUAAAACAAAAAGGCAUGGAGCGUUACUUAAGUCCAGUUAGUAAUCCUGAAAUGAAAACUGACAUAAUGCAGUACGAGGAUUCAGAAACUAAAAUCGUGACGACGUUAAAACAUGUGACAAAAGAAAGAGUGAAUGUUGAAGACAGUAAGCUUAAUAAUAUUCAUGAGGGAUGUGAGAAGUUCCAUGAAAAUGUUCACGAACUUGAUAUGACAAAGCCUAAAAUAGCAGCUACUGAAGGAGCAGACUUCGUGGAAACUCGCAAAUUAGAAAAGGAAGAUUUUAAUGUAGGUUAUGAUCUAUGUUUUAGAUAUCCACAAAGAGUGAAGUGGGUUGUUGAUGAUUUGGAGCUCCUUAUGUCCAACGUUAAUAUGAAAUGGUUUUACAACAAAAAUAAUCAAAUUAAAAUUGUUUUAUUUUAUCUACAGGUGCUAUUAUUGUAUAAUGGACGAUCACCUUGAUUUAGAGGACUGUAUGCAGUUACAGAUAGAUUCUUAUAAUUUUUUCUAUUCUUAUAUAUAUCAGUACAAAACAAGCAGUUGGUUCUAUUUAUUCAGUUAAUGUUACAAUUUAAUUACAAGUACUUAAAAUUAUUAAUAAAAAUUAUAUGUUAUAAAGUUUAAACUUAAGAGUUAAUGUAUUGUAAUAAUAUUUUAUGUUAUUAU